CAUGAACAGAAGUGUCAAAGUGUGAUUUUUGAGGUUAAGUUCUUCGUGAAGCUUGUAGGUUAUUUUUGUAAUAGAAAAACAAUUAAAAUAAAUUCAAAAUGCCGUUCAUGAAAGGAAGAGCACCUAUUCGACGUACUUUAAACUAUUUAAACGCCGGCCGAUUAGUUUUGAAGGAUAAAAUUAAAAUAUUCUCAGUGGCUUACAACAUAAAUGGACAAAACAAUUUGGGAGCCAAGGAAUUCGUAUUUUGGUAUUUGCCACAGAUUCAAUAUAAAAAUCCUGACGUACAAGUGGCUACCUUGAAGAAUCUGACUCCUUCACCAUUCAUAAAGUGUUAUUUUGAAGAUGGGAGAAAGAUCUUAGUUGAUGUUGACAACAAAUCUAAAGAAGAGAUUCUAGAGCAUUUAAUUAAUACUGUUGGUAAAUCAAAAGAAGUAUUGGAACAGGAGGCAAUAGCUGCUGAAAAGAAGGAUAAUCCUGCAAACUUCGGCAUCGGUUGUGAACGUCCAUGCAUCUGCGAGGUGUACGGACAGAUCCCCUGUCCUGGAGUGGUACCGUUACCAAAGUUCAUGAGAGGAAAAUACAAGAAUGCCACAGAUUAGACUAGGUUAAACUAUAAGUACCUUUGUUGGAAAUGUUACAUGUUUUGUUUUGAUAUUCAGAAAGUUAAACUCAAAAUCAAAGUCACAUUAUUUAUUCCAAUUAGAUUUAUUAAUCUAAGGUUAAGUUAAAUAUGUUAAUAACAAUUGUUUUAGUUAACAUACAUUUGAAGUUUUAAUUUCCUAUUAGUCAUCAGGCCAAGGUUCAUACAAAAAACAGAAUCCAAAAAGCCAAACUACUAGAAGUAUUGACUGAUAGGUUAGAAAUCGGUGCCAUUAAUUCUAAACAAAUUUGUAAGCUAUUUGCAAUAAUUAUUGUGAGCAUUAAGUUACAUGAUUUUGAUAUGAGAGUACCUCCUCCUUUUUUUGAAGUCUGUAAUAAUUAAAUAAUUAAUUCUCUGUAAUAAUUGCUCAUUAUUCAUUGGUGCAGCCUUUCUGAAAUAAGUCUAAAAAUAUAUACUUUGUAUUUGAUUUAUACUUUUAGGUAUCAAUUGUAAAACAUGUUACAUAUCCAAUAUUUUUUAAGCUAAUGGUAAAACUUGGUGAAUAGAAUUCAAAGGGUAAAUAGACACAGGAAUGGGGUGAAUAGAUGUUAGAAUAUUUUCCCAACAUUUAUUCACCCUUUUCUGUAUCUAAUCACCCUCGAAUUCUAUUCACCUUGUUUUGCGGUAUGUAAGUUUGUAGAUAAUUCAAAUAGUUGUAGCUAUAAUUUUAUUAUAAUAAAAAACAACAUAAAAUUAACUACUAUUUUAUUAAUACACUGUUAAUAUAGCAUGAAUCAGGAUAAUAAAAUAAUUUAUAUAAAAACAGUACCUUCAGUACCUCAUUAGUUACGUAGUUAAAUUCAAUAAAAAAUCACACACAAACCACUAAAAUAUUAUGCCAAACUUUUGUAUGUAUGUUAGAGAUACUGUACAAAAGUUACAUCAAUCGAAAUAUAAUUUUAAGAAUCAAAAUAUUCUCUUGUAAUUUCACUUACACAUAAAUAGUGUAGAACCUUGUCAAAUUACCUAGUUAAUAGAGGGUCUCUUGCCGCCCUGGCCUGACCGUAUUCCCAAAUCUGAAUAAAUUAAUGUUCCUCUUUAA